CACAAUGCAGCUACAGCGACGAUUUUGUCUUUUACUUGUUGGGGCGGCCUGUCUAGUGCUGCUGGUGUCACUGCACGUGGAUGUGGUUCAAACGGCAUCGAUUUAUGCGCCGGAUUUCAACGACAGCAGUGCCCACUUCCUCGAUCAACAGCGAUCCUGUCGCGAUCUGUGCAGCUUCUGCCCAACGUGCAAUGGGUUCUACUGUGGGGAGGAGUGUAUCUGCGAGUGCAGUCAGGAUCCGACAGAGCACGCUAAGUGUAUCGACAAAAUCAAGGCCAACAGUGAACAGCUUGGCCUGGAGUACGAUCUGUUCAUCCAGCCGCCACAGAAACGAUCUACCCGUACCCGAUUCGGGCGGCGGGUUAAAACCACACCGGCCGAAACGAACGACAGUGGAAAGCUGUCCGGUUUUCACAAGAUUCUGUUCUCAAACUUUGCAACGGCUAAGAAGGUCACCGUGCCGGAACAGCCCCAGCAGGAGGCCAUCGGUAGUACGGUGAUGGAAGUGGCAUCGAGCGAUACGGCCGUCCAGGAGGAUCGGAUCGGCAAAGAUCCGCUGGAAAAGUCCGAAGUUGUGGAGCUUUUGUUCAACUGA